UUGUAAAUUUCAAAUGAAACGGUCAAGAAGUCAACUUUUUUCUAGGCACUGUUCUUCGAAGCCAAGGUACGAAAUGAAAAUUCAGCCGUUCGGAGAUUGAAAGGGCAACAGAGAAGAGGAGGGAGGAGAUGGGUAUUUAAGGAAGAAAGAAAUCAUGGAGAAAGAUGAAGAGAAAACGAGAGAAAUGGGUUUGAUUUCUUCGUUAAAGGGGAUCGCUCCCUUUGCAGCCAUGGUUUUUGUAGAAUUCGGCGAGGUUGGAAUGCUUAUUUUCACCAAAGCCGCCAUGAAUGCAGGAAUGAGCACAUUUGUUUACCUUGUCUACUACAAUUCCAUAGGCGUCAUAAUUCUCUUCCCUUUCUUCAUCAACCGGAUCUACAGGAGCAAGCAAUCACCCUUCACAUUCCCUCUACUCUUCAGAUUUUUCAUGUUAGGUUUAUUUGGGAGGACCAUGUGGCUUUUUGGGUAUACAGGGAUCAGAUAUAGCUCUCCUGCUCUGGCUGCAGCUAUUAACAAUCUUGUUCCUGUUUUCACAUUCUUGCUUGCCAUUAUUUUCAAGAUUGAGAAAAUGGAUAUGAAGAGUGCAAGUAGUGUAGCGAAAUUUCUUGGGACUAUAGUGGCUGUAUCAGGUGCAUUGGUGGAUACUCUAUAUAAAGGUCCACCAAUUAUGUCUGGUAUUUCUCAAUCUGCUUUAGAUUCUCAGGCUCUUGCAGCUGAUGAAUCGAAUUGGGCAUUUGGUGGUCUUAUGCUUGGAAUAAGUGCUUGUUCAAUUGCAUCAUGGAAUAUCUUACAGGCAGAAACUGUGAAGAUAUAUCCAGAUAAGAUAACUGUCGUGUUUUUCUUCACCUUGUUUGGGACCAUACAAUGUGCGAUUAUUGCAUUCUUUGUUGAAAGAAAUCCAAUUGCUUGGAUAUUACCACCCGGAAUCCCCACAUUUGCUAUUAUAUAUGCUGCUACGUUUGGAAUUGCGAUACGUUACAAUAUUGUGACAUGGUGUUUACAAGAGAAGGGUCCUCUUUAUGUUACUAUGUUCAAGCCCCUUGGUAUGGUUAUUGCUGUAAUCUCUGGAAUGAUUUUGCUUGGUGAUGCUCUUUAUCUUGGCAGUUUAAUUGGAGCAGCUAUUAUAGCAGUUGGAUUCUACACUGUGAUAUGGGGACAAUCUAAUGAAAGUAGUAGUAAAGCAAUUCCAUUGAAUUCAAAAGAGAUAAAAUCGUGGUGGCAGAAGUUGCUUCUACGUUGGAAUCGUCAAGCCCAAAUGUAGGCGGAAAAGUGUAGCUUUACACGCAUACAAUUUAUACCAAAAGAUGAACUACAAUUCAAUAGGAACAAGGUUAACAGACUAUUUGACACAUAUUUUAUCUUAUAUACAUAUAUAUAUGUGUUAUGGAAUAUCAUAUCAUGAUUUUGGCCCUUUAAUAUCAAGUCACCAAUCAAGACUUAUCAGAUUCAUUAUCAACACUCAAAGAUUAACAUAUGAUAGAUCAU